AUGGUGCUUCUGUCCGGAGACAGGAAAGAGGGCAGAGAGGGCCGGAGCCCCACCGCAGAGAAGCAGUUGCAAGCCGGGUCGCCCGGAGGGCCAGGACCCGAGGAGGCGGAGCGGGAAGGGAGUCCCGGGGGUAGCGGUGCCUCUAGCCCUGACCCAACCACUCCUGCAGAGCGGGCGCGCGGAGCGGGCGAAGGCGAGGAGAACAAGGAAGACGAGUAUGAGGAGUAUGAGGAGUAUGAAGAUUUCUCGGAGCUCCCGGACACGCGGAGCAUUGCUUCAGACGACUCCUUCUACCCGCCCCAGGAGGCCGCCGACGAGGGCGAGUCGGAACUCUCCGACAGCCAGCAGCCGCUCAGUCUCUUCCGCGCCUGCUGUACCAACAACGCCGCCGUCGUGCGGGCGCUCAUCCGGCAAGGGCCCGAGGAGGAGGACGUGAGGGAGACGGACCGCAACAAGCGGACUGGGCUUAUUGUUGCCUGUUACCAAGGGUACGUGGAUGUUGUCGUAGCCUUAGCACAAUGUCCUCACAUUGAUGUAAACUGGCAGGACAAUGAAGGGAACACAGCUCUAAUUACAGCUGCUCAGGCAG